AUGUCUACCACUACAACGACCAUCGAAGCAACGCCCGUUGCGCAGACGCAGACUCCUUCACAGGAAAAGCGCAACGAGCAGCAACAGCAGCAGCAGCAGCAGCAAAAGAAUGACGGCAGCUACCCAACCCAAAACCUCGCCGUCGCAACAGGCGGAUACAUCUUCCCCGGCAUCCCCAAGAUAUCAGACCCCUACAAGAAGCGCCAGUGGCAGCUCGAGCACAUGGCGGGGGCAUUCAGAGUCUUUGCGCGCAAGGGCUUCACCGAGGGCACAAGUGGACAUAUCAGCGUCCGUGACCCGGUUGAGCCGGAUACAUUUUGGAUUAACCCCCUCGGCAAGCAUUUCGGCAUGCUAAAAGCCAGCGACAUGGUGCACAUCAACGAAGCAGGCCAGGUCAUCGGCGGGAACAGGGUCGCCAUAAACGCAGCCGGGUUCGUGAUCCACAGCGCCAUCCACCGCGCACGGCCAGACAUCCACGCUGCGUGCCAUAUGCACUCGCCGAACGGCAAAGCAUGGUCUACAUUUGGCCGGCCUGUUGAUAUCAUCAACCAGGACUCGUGCAACUUCUACGGGACGCAGGCUGUGUAUACGGACUUCGGGGGCGUAGUUAUUGAGGAGGAGGAGGGGAGGAGGAUUACUGAUGCGCUUGGGGAGAAGGGACGGGUUAUGUUCUUGCAGAAUCAUGGGUUGCUCACGACGGGUGGGACGGUGGAUGAAGCUGCCUAUCUGUUUACUUGUCUUGAGAAGACUUGUGAGGUGCAGCUGAAGGUUGAGGCUGCCGGGUUGGAGAAGAAGUUUAUUAGCAAGGAGGCUGCGGAGUUUACGGCGAAGGCGAAUGCGGAUCCGGAAACGCUGUAUACUGAGUUCCAGCCGGACUUUGAGUAUGAGAUUUGGAAGGCCAAGGGGGAGUUGUGCAAGGGGGAGUAA